AUGGGCGUCCCGCACUGGUGGGACCAGCUGCAGGCUGGCAGCUCGGAGGUGGACUGGUGCGAGGACAACUACACCAUCGUGCCUGCCAUCGCCGAGUUCUACAACACGAUCAGCAACGUCUUGUUUUUCAUUUUACCGCCCAUCUGCAUGUGCUUGUUUCGUCAGUAUGCAGCAUGCUUCAACAGUGGCAUCUACUUAAUAUGGACUCUUUUAGUUGUAGUGGGAAUUGGAUCCGUCUACUUCCAUGCAACCCUUAGUUUCCUGGGUCAGAUGCUUGAUGAACUUGCAAUCCUUUGGGUUCUGAUGUGUGCUCUGGCCAUGUGGUUCCCCAGAAGGUAUCUACCAAAGAUUUUUCGGAAUGACAGGGGCAGGUUCAAGGCUGUGGUCUGCGUCCUGUCUGCAGUUACAACAUGCCUGGCGUUUGUCAAGCCCGCCAUCAACAACAUCUCUCUGAUGACCCUGGGAGUUCCUUGCACCGUGCUGCUCAUUGCAGAGCUAAAAAGGUGUGACAACGUGCGUGUGUUUAAGCUGGGCCUCUUCUCGGGCCUCUGGUGGACGCUCGCCCUCUUCUGCUGGAUCAGUGACCGAGCCUUCUGUGAGCUGUUGUCGUCCUUCCACUUCCCCUACCUGCACUGCGUGUGGCACAUCCUCAUCUGCUUGGCGGCCUACCUGGGCUGUGUGUGCUUUGCCUACUUCGAUGCUGCCUCAGAGAUCCCUGAGCAAGGCCCUGUCAUCAAGUUCUGGCCCAGCGAGAAAUGGGCCUUCAUCGGCGUCCCUUAUGUGUCCCUCCUGUGUGCCAACAAGAAAUCACCAGUCAAGAUCACAUGAUGGCAAGGUGGUGGCUGGCCUCUCUGCUUAUUUUCCCUCAUGCACUGGGCUUUGUUUGCUAGCAAAGAUAGCCAAGGGGGUUCGAAGAGCUGGGGUAUGGCCUGUCUUUUAAAAAGUCUAUUCCCUUGGGCUCUAACUAGUGUGUCUGUGGACCACCAGGACUCCACUGUGCAUGGGGAGAAAUGUCUUUCCCUUUCCCAAAGCUGGAGAGUAGAGGGCUUAGGGACACUAGGUGUAUCUUUCUUAGCCUCACUGCCAUAUGCAGUGGCUUUUUGGGCUGCAUCCUUUGUGGCCGUGGCAGAGCAGUCCCUGGGGGAGCCCAGCCCUGCACAGAGCCCCUCUUCCUGGAGAAAGUUGCCCUGCUGCAGCGCCCACCAUUCCCACGCACCCUUGGAGUGGACUCUACUGUUGAUAGACAGACCCUCCGAUGACAGCACCCCCCCUGACUCUGAUGGAAGGUGCUGGAGAUUUUCAUUUGGGGAGACUGUCCUUAAAGAAAAUGAAACAAACGAAACACAAGGCUUGUGGCUAAA